AUGACUGGGUCGACCCCGAAGGCCGAAAUGAUGGGGAGUGGCGCAGCCGAGAGCCCGCCCAAACCAGAGCCAGUCCCGAGGACACGUUACGGUGAGGAGAUCAACGGCGCUCUGACUGAGGCACUCACACCGCUGGUCGAUGACAAAGGCUGGCCCUUGUACGGACACGCCCUGGCAUCGGAGAUGCUGGACCGCGGCAGGGUUGAGAAGUUGGGGGAGGUGCUGAGAGCGAUUCGCCAGGCGGCGCCGAACUUCUCGAUCGCCCCGCGCGUGGUGGAGGAGGUCAUGGCCAACAUCGGCACGGCCAAGAAGGACGACAUCAAGUUGAGAGAGGUUGAGUCCUGGGCCAAAGGCGCGUCGCUGAGGCUCCGAACUCUCUUGCUUCACGCGGCUGGCCUCGCUCGCAAGGAGAAGCCGCCGAACAGGGCUCCUGCGUGGUGGACCAACCUCAUGGCCAACGAGAGCAAGGUCCCAGAGCCGAAGAAGGCAGCGCUGCAGAAGAGCAACGCGAAGGACGAGACCAAGCCCGAUAAGGGGCCCAAGCCCGAGGAGGGAUCCAAGCCCGAGGAUGCGUUCACGUUCGGAUACGACGAGAGCAUGAAGCGCGCAUGCAUGACCGUCAAGCCAGGCGAGACCUACGUCUGGGCGAAGUGGGCAGACGGAAUGGAGUGCGAGGUGCUGGACUGCUUGGCGUCGACCUUUCUCGAGGAUGCUGGACAUGCGCCCUCGAAGACGCCGCGAGGGGGCAACAUCUUGUGGACGGGCAACAUGGACGGCCCCCAGGUGCAGCUGAUUCAGAUCAAGCACAACUUGAAGCAGGUCACGCAGAUCUCCACGCACGCCGUCGAGGAGGCGGAGGCGGUGGUGUUCAUGAAGGACAUCGCGAAGCGCUACUGCGAGGGGCGCCUCACCGCCCAAGACGCCGAGCAGCUGAAGAGGGAGAAGCUCAAGGAGCUGAAGAAACGCAAGGAGAAGGACGAGAAGGCGGCGGCACUGGCUGCGACCAGCGCAGCUUCGUCCAUCGAGACGCAGCCUGCGGAGACGGCGGCGCGGAAGCGCCCAGCUGCCGCCCCCAAAAGAGCUUGCAAGAAAGCCAAACGCGAGGAGCCCGACAAGGAAGCAGCCACCGAGGAGAAGGGCGCACCCAUGAAUGGAGUGGAGAACCUGACGAUCGUCGAGAAUAAGCCCGAGGAGAAGCCCCAUGAGGGCAAGGAGGAGCCUCAGCCGCUGGAGAACCCCCAGGAAGCAACGGAGGGGCCACCAGAGGAGACGGGCGAGCCCACGAGCGAGGUCGUCGAACCCAUCGACGACGACUCCGCGGACGAUAGCCCCGAUGAUAUCCGAGAGAUCCCGCCUCCAUUGACUGGCCCGUGGGAGAGUAUGACCACCUCGCUGAACACCAUGAUGGACGAAGUUGUUGAGUGCUCUGAUUUCUGGAACAGUGCGUUUGACGGUGAUGAUGCGUGA